AUGGCCACCACCACCUUCCUCCAUUCCCAUCCCUUCUCUCGCACCUUCAAACCUCUCCAAUGGCGACCCUCUCCUUCUCCAUCCUCCUCCGUCCUCACUCCUCUCUCUCUUCCCUCCCUCCUUUCCCCCCAUUCUUCUCCUUCUCCCCUUCCCGCCCCAAAUCCUCUCUCAAAUCCCGCAUCUUCACCAUCUCCAAUUCAUCCCCAAUCUCAACUUCCCCUCCUCUCCCUUCCUUCCGCUCCAAGCCUCCAUCUCAGACCACCGUCCUCGUCGCCGGCGCCACAGGAUACAUUGGCAAGUUCGUCGUCCGGGAGCUCACCUCCCGGGGCUUCAACGUCAUCUCCAUCGCUCGCCGCCGAAGCGGCACCCGUGGCCUCAACGGCGCCGAUCAAACCCUCAAGCUUCUCUCCGGCUCCACCGUCUGCUUCUCCGAGGUCACUGACCUCGCCGCCCUCAACCUCGCCCUCGAUGACCUCUCGCUUUCCUCCAUCGACGUCGUCGUCUGCUGCCUCGCUAGUCGCUCCGGCGGCAUCAAGGACUCCUGGGCCAUCGACUACCAGGCCUCGAUAAACACCCUCCUUGCCGGCCGCCGCCUCGGCGCCUCCCACUUCGUCCUUCUCUCCGCCAUUUGCGUCCAAAAACCCCUUCUUGAGUUCCAGCGCGCAAAGCUCAAGUUCGAGGCCGAGCUCCAGCGCAUGGCCAUGGAGUCCCCGGGCUUCACCUACAGCAUCGUCCGCCCCACCGCCUUCUUCAAGAGCCUCGGUGGGCAAGUCGAGACGGUGAAGGAUGGAAAACCCUAUGUCAUGUUCGGCGACGGCAAGCUUUGCGCCUGCAAACCCAUCAGUGAAGAGGAUUUGGCUUCCUUCAUUGCCGACUGCGUCAUGGAUGCUGAUAAGGCCUGCAAGAUUUUGCCCAUUGGGGGUCCUGGGCAGGCAUUGACGCCAUUGGAGCAAGGGGAGUUGCUUUUCAGGUUGCUUGGCAAAGAGCCAAACUUCUUGAAGGUGCCCAUUGGAGUGAUGGACUUUGUCAUUGGAGUUCUUGAGUUUCUUUCAAAGUUAUUCCCUGCAUUAGAGGAUGCUGCAGAGUAUGGUAAGAUUGGGAGGUACUAUGCUGCCGAGAGUAUGCUUGUAUUGGAUCCGGAGACGGGAGAUUAUAGUUCGGAGAAGACGCCGAGCUAUGGGAAGGAUACAUUGGAGGAGUUCUUUGAGAGAGUGAUCAGAGAAGGCAUGGCAGGGCAGGAGUUAGGGGAGCAGACCAUCUUCUGAGGAUGGAGUUCUUCUUCUUCGAAAGAGCUUAUCCCGAGGCAGAGGAGGGUUAUAAAAGGAAACUGGUUACUUGGAUAAAGGGCAUGGUUAUUCUGAAGGAAUGUUGACCUGGCCAUGAGGUUAGGAAAAGGGCUCUCAGUGUUCAUGCUAGCACUGGUGUGAGCUUGUCAUAUAUCUUUAAAUCUUAGUAGUAUAUGGAUUGAUUUCCUGUUGAAGUUCUAUUGCUAUUGUAGUUUGGUGAAUGAACUUGAAUCUUUUGUUUAUGAGAAGAUUAAUAAUCAUUUGCAGCUCUGAGAAUUAUUCUCAAUUGAAUAUAAUGGAGCUUGUUUUGGUGGAGAAUUAUUGUUUAGAUCUAUAGAUCUGUGUUGAUAUUGGUGAAAUAUGUUAUUUGAGCUUUAGAUCUAUUACAUUGGUGCUUUCGUUGCAUUCUCUACUCACUCCCUUCAUGGAUGAAAUGGAUAGAAUUAUUGCACGCCUAGCUCAACAACAAUUCUCUGCAUCAUCUUCUCAUUUUGAUUAGAUAUCUCCAAUUACUAGUGCAUGAGCAUUUGAAAACUCGGACAGGUUAGUUGAAGAGACUAACCUCGUUAUUGAUACCCAAUCACUUACCACUAUUUCAACAUCUAUUGAAGAUCAACAAG